AUGUCACGACCUCUUCGUCUCGCGGCGCGCUCGGCGCGCCAGUACCACCACCAGUAUCGUUUCAGCCAGCAGCGCGCGUCGUCCACUGUCGCGACUGCUGCGGCACCGUCCAGGGCGUCAAGUGGCCGUCUUGGCCUCGUUCUUGGCGGAGCACUUGCGGCCACUGUCGGUGCAUACGUCUUGAGCAACAGUGUACGCCUAGACUCCAAGCCGGCGGGGGGUAAGAAGACGGCCAAGGCGACCGCAGCCGCUCCCGGCCUCAUCCCCUUCUCCGAAGUGGCCAAGCACAACACUCCCGAAGACUGCUGGGUCGUCCUCGAGGGCAAGGUCUACGACCUGACGGCCUUUGCCCAGAUCCACCCUGGCGGCUCCAACAUCAUCUUUGCCAAUGCCGGACAUGACGCGACGGCCAUGUUCACGCCGACGCACUCGCCCGGCAUCAUCGAGGACCGCCUCGACCCAAGGGCGUACGUCGGCGAUGUGGACCCGGACACGCUCCCUGCGCGGCCUGUUGUGGCGGAACAGAAGAAGGAGGACGAGGCCGAACGCAAGAUUGACCUGAGCGAGAUUGUGGGCUGGCCCGACCUCGACGAGGCCGCCAGGCGCAACAUGACGCCCAAGGCAUGGGCGUAUAUCUCGGCCGGCGCGACAGACAUGUACUCGCUCGACCUCAACCGCAAGAGCUGGAACCAGGUGCUGCUCCGCCCCCGAUACUUUGUCGACGUCGAAGAGGUCGACUGCAGCACGACCAUGAUGGGCCAGCGGACCAGUGUCCCGUUCUUCAUCUCGCCCACGGGCAUGUCCAAGCUUGCCCACCCGGCCGGCGAGCCUGGCAUCGCGACCGCGGCGGGCGAAAACGACGUGAUCCAGAUGGUCUCGACCAACUCGUCUGCGCCGCUCAAGGCCAUUGUCGAGGGCCGCUCCCGCCCAGACCAGGUGCAGUUCAUGCAGCUGUACGUCAACAAGGACCGGCCGCUGUCCGAGGAGCUGCUCAGGCAGGUGAACGCGUACGGCAUGAAGGCCGUGUUCGUCACUGUCGACUGCCCGACGCCGGGCAAGCGCGAGGCCGACGAGCGCGACCGGUCCGUCGUGGGCGUGCAGAGCGGCACGUCCGGGGGUGUGGUGCAGAGCGAUAAAAAGGGCGGCGGUAUCGGCCGCACCACCGGCGCGUACAUUGACGCAAAACUCAACUGGGAGGACAUCAAGUGGCUGCGCAAGCACACGCCGCUGCCCAUUGGUGUAAAGGGCAUCCAGUGCGCCGAGGACGCGGUCCGGUGCGCCGACAUGGGCGUCGACGCCAUCUACCUCUCCAACCACGGCGGGCGCGCGCUCGACACGGCCCCGCCGGCACUGUACACGCUGCUGGAACUCCGCCAGCUCCGCCCGGACGUGCUGGAAAAGUGCGAGGUGUACAUUGACGGCGGCGUGCGGCGGGGCACCGACGUCGUCAAGGCGCUGUGUCUGGGCGCGCGCGGCGUGGGCAUGGGCCGCCCGUUCCUCUAUGCCCUCACGUAUGGGCCCGAGGGCGUGACGCAUGCCAUUGACAUUAUGCGCGACGAGAUUGAGCAGACCAUGAGGCUUGUGGGCGUGACCAAGCUGGACCAGCUCGGCCCCCACCUGCUUAACACGCGCGCGCUCGACCCUUUGGUCAUGCCGGAGCUCCAGUACGGGCUCAAGGAGCAGUUCCUGCCCAAGGACCUGCCCAAGAAGAAGUAA